UCAGUACAAUAUGAAUAAGCAUAAUUCAGUCCAUACAGUUCGUUGACGUGCGAACUGAUUGUUUAUGUCUGUGGUGUUCGUCUGAACUUCUGUCGCUCGACUGCGCGGCAAAAGCAAGAGGCAAAACAAAAGCAUGUGGAUAUAAUUUCAGCAAAGGUAUGAUGUUAGUAUGAAACAAUGCAACGUUUCUUUGUUCGGAAAGUACGGUGAGAGCGAUGUAUCCGUAACAAAACAUUCUUUAGGUUCAGAAAAAAUACCAGAAACGUCCAAUUAUGUAAAAGCUAGCCUAGCUGCAGCAGCAUCACGCAGAUGUCCGCUCAUAACGCACACGAGUUUCCAUAGGACUUGAGCAUUUGCUUUGUAUUGUUAGCUCACAUUUCAAACACGCAUUAUUUUUUUUUUUAAUGCGAAUUAAUGUUUUGUUGCUGAAGGAUAAUAAUUAAUACGCCGUACAUAUGUCCCCCCUUUGGGAUCAAUAAAGUAUACUACAUCUAAGCACUAGUUAGUAGAUUAGAGUCUAUAUAUUUUUCAUUUCAGCAACUACAGGUCAUUUUCAGUCUGGUCAGAAGCUUCGUUUUGAAAUUAGAAUUUUUGAAUGUUUGAAUUUAAAUUUGGGACAUCUUGCUACGUUCUAACACGUGUCUCUGGGAACCCCCCUAACUACAACAUUGUUGUUAAUCAUAUCAGACUGGGACCCUUUUUGCGACUCUUCCGCUGACAAUGGGGCUUCGGUCGGCUCAGAAGAAGCAUUUCCCUCUUCGGGGCAUCGAUGCAGUCGUGCAGCUUUUCCAGUCCGAGCUUGGUAACCCAGAGCCAGAUCUGGCCCUGCUGUCCCUAGUGCUGGGUUUUGUGGAGCACUUCCUGGCUGUCAACAGAGUUGUGCCGGUCAACGUCCCAGGAAUUCGUUUUGAGCCACUCACACCUGACUGCCUUAACUCCUGCUUCCCUGCAGUAGAGCUGAAUCUCAUAUCUGCCCUGUAUGAACGGUUCACGGCCCAGAUUCGUGGUGCCGUGGACCUGUCACAGUACCGCAAACCUGCCGGGGGUUCCAGCCGUGAGCUGGUGAAGAAGGUCUCGGAUGUGAUCUGGAAUAGUCUUAGCCGGUCAUAUUUCAAAGACAGAGCACACAUUCAGUCCCUGUUCAGUCUCAUCACAGGCACAAAGCUGGACAGCUCAGGAGUAGCAUUUGCAGUGGUAGCUGCAUGUCAGGUUUUGGGCCUGAAGGAUGUUCAUCUCGCCCUUUCUGAGGAUCACGCCUGGGUGAUAUUCGGCAAGGGUGGGGAAGAGACAGCAGAGGUCACGUGGCAUGGGAAGGGCAACGAAGACAGAAGAGGCCAGACUGUCAGUGCUGGAGUCACAGAGAGGAGCUGGUUGUAUCUUAAAGGCUCCUACAUGAAGUGUAACAGGAAUAUGGAGGUAGCGUUCAUGGUUUGUGCCAUCAAUCCGUCUCUAGAUCUGCAUACAGACAGCACUGAGUUGCUUCAGCUCCAGCAAAGGUUGUUGUGGCUGCUGUAUGAUCGAGGAGAUUUGGAGAGGUAUCCUAUGGCAAUGGGCACUUUGGCUGACCUUGAAGACCAGGAGCCCAUGACUGGCAAGGAAAACCCUCUGUCCAUUCACCUUAAGGCAGUCGACUCGGCUAAGAAAUAUUACAACAAUGAGCACAUCUACCCAUUCAUGUAUCUGGCAGGGUACCAUUACAGACACAGAAAUGUCCAGGAGGCUUUGCGUGCCUGGUCUGAGGCUGCAUCAGUAAUGCAAGAUUACAACUACUGCAGAGAAGAUGAGGAGAUCUAUAAAGAGUUUUUUGACAUCGCUAAUGAUGUAAUUCCAACCCUCCUUAAAGAGACAGCGGCUGCCGCUGAAAGUGGUGGAGAAGGGGCCGAAGGGGCAGAAAAGGACCAGCCCAGACUGGUAGCUGCCUUGUCUGCCCUUCAGGACCCUGAGUGCUUUGCUCACUUAUUACGGUUCUAUGAUGGGAUUUGUAAAUGGGAAGAAGGAAGUCCCACACCAGUGCUUCAUGUUGGUUGGGCCACCUACUUGGUCCAAUCCCUUAGUCGCUUUGACGCACAGAUUAGACAAAAAGUGUCAAUCAUCACCAAAGAUGCUGAACCACUGGAUGACGAUGACCAAUCUAGUGAAGACCUGCAUGAGGGACGUAGACGGGGCCCGAGGCGAGAAUCCAAAUUAGAUGAACAAGCAGGUCCAUCUCCUCCAGGUGCCGCCUUGCCCACCCAAAAUCCCAUGCCUAAAAAGGUGGGUGGAGAAGGAGGGCGCCGACGUUCCUCUGCUGGAGCUCGAGGGAAAGAGGCAGAUGGCAAAAAUGAGCCAGCAUCCCCAAGUCCCGCACCUUCACCUCCUCAGCAAACUGCAGUGCCAGGAGGUCCGGUGGUGAUAUUUCACAGUGAGAAGAUGAAGGGUAUGAAGGAACUACUCUCUGCGGCCAAGAUCAACUCUAGUGCCAUUAAACUGCAGCUCACGGCCCAAUCCCAGGUCCAGAUGAAGAGACAGAAACCUACACCUUCUGGAGACUACACCUUGUCCUUUAUGAAACGACCACGCAAAACUCUUUAAAAUACCCCAUUGAGGGUUUUUUCCAUUUACAGUUUCACCUGGAGGGAUGUUAAUUAGUUGAUCUGCAAAAAUGGUGAACGUCAUCAAAUGUUUUGAUAAACUAGACCUGAGUUUAUUUGAGUUGCCUUAAAUCUGUAUAGGUCAUUAAUUACAAACGUGAUCUUUGAUAAAGUCCAAAUUCCUCAUCAAACAGGCCAAAGUUAUCAAGUUUUUAGAAAAUAUGCAAUUCUUCCUCUACCAACCUUGUCGAUAAUAGGAUGUAUGAUUUCAUUGCUUCAUGUACAUGUCAGAUUUAUUCAGAAGAUGUCUGUGCUCUCAACUUACAUUGAUAAUUCUUGUAUUUGUUUGCAUUUGUUCAUAACUGCCAGCUUUCAUUGGUGACUUCAAGAUUCUAGUAGUGUCAAGUAUCCCUUUUAGGGAUACAGUACAGUGAUGCUGUUAAAACAUAAUUAUUUUUUUCAGUGUUAAAAGUAUAUUUUACAUCAAAUAAAUAACUUGGAAAAAGA